AUGGACGACCCCGCAUCGCACCUCCCGUCCCCGCACGCCCCCGCCACAAUCCUCCGCCUCGCCGCCUCCCUCGGCCUGCCCGCGCCGACAUCCACCGAACCGCUGACCGUCACCGCCGCCUUCCACCGGAUCUACCUGCUCCACUUCCCCGCCUCGGCCGCGCCCGCGCUGGCGCCCGCCAGACCAAAUGAUGACGGCAGCGUCACGCUCGUGCUGCGCGUGUCGGGCGACCACCUCCCGCGCAUCAAGACGGAGAACGAGAUCGCGAUGAUGCGCUGGGUGAGGGAGAACACUAGCGUGCCUGUGCCGGCGGUCGUGCGGUGGGACAGCGGGUGUGAGAACGUGCUCGGGUGCGAGUUUAGUUUGCUCGAGAGGGUGCGGGGGUGUAGUGCUGAUAAGGUGUUUUGGGGGAUGGGCGAUGAAGUCAGGAGGAGGGUUGUCGAGCAGCUGGUGGGGUAUCUCGCGGAGCUAAGGGAGAAGUCGCGGUGGAAGCACGUCGGCGGGUUGAGGGUCGACGAGGCCGGGGAGAUCGUGCCGGGCCCGGUGGUGGACGAGUGGUUCUGGAUGGCGCCGAUGGUGGAGCGGUUCUGGGCCAGCACGGGGGAGACGGUGGAGAGUCUGAAUCCCGUGGACGGGCCGUUCACCUCGUGGGGGGAGCAUGUGGACGCGGCGCUGGGGCGGUAUGCGGCAUGCGGACCUGCAAUGGGCGAGGGGGCUGGUGCCGCGCCUGGAGGGGUUGCGGGCGUGGGUUAG